CUCACAUUUUGCCUCAACCGCAACAAAUUACCUACCCAUAAGGCCAAUAUAAAAAUAUCAAACCUGUAAAGGAUCAUCACCACAAGCAUUUCCUUAGGAUACCUAACAUCCCAACCGCCAAUCGCCAAAGCCCUAGAUACAUUCCCUGAUGUUCGUUUUCAUUGACCCAUCCUCGUUAUCAUCGGACCUGUGAGAGAGUUUUCAUACGAAUUCUCUGCGACGAUAUGGCUAAACGAGUCCUCUGCAAAUUCUUUCCGCACGGUGCUUGCCUAAAAGGGGAACACUGCGAGUACUCUCAUGACUGGAAGCCCCCACCGAACAACAUUUGCACGUAUUACCAAAAAGGAAUCUGUGCUUACGGAAGCCGAUGCAAGUACAACCACAUCAAAUCGCCACUAUCUUCCUACGGAGACCUUUCAUCCACCGAAGAGCCUCUUUCCAGCACCACCACAGAACAGUCACAUCUAAACGGACCAUUUUACCCUCCACCAGUCCACAACGACCGGUGCCCGGUUUGCAGGAGAUGGUGCCUCCACUCGGAUAGGCCAUGGGAGAGGGACGAGCACGUGAGGGCUUGCGAGGGAAAACGGAGACGGGCAGAAGCAAUGAGAAGGAGCCGAGAGGUGGAGUGCAAUGUGUGCAUGGAGUUUGUGCUUUCAAAGCCGGUGGCAGCUGAACGGAGGUUCGGGAUACUUUUGGAGUGCGAUCACUCGUUCUGCAUCACGUGCAUACGUAGCUGGAGGAGCAGCACUCCCGUGCCGGGGAUAGAUGCCAGCUCAGCAUCGAGGUCGUGCCCGGUUUGUCGAAGGCUGUCAUAUUUUGUGGUCCCGAGUUUUGUAUGGUAUUCGUCGAUGGAGGAGAAGAAAGAAAUUGUCGACAGCUACAAGGCCAGGCUGAGGUGUAUUGAUUGCAAGCACUUUGACUUUGGAGACGGGUGUUGCCCUUUCGGUGCAAGUUGUUUUUAUAAGCAUGCAUAUCGGGAUGGCAGUCUUGAGGAAGUGGUUCUUGCACACCUUGGAUAUGAUGAAGAAGAUACAGUCAUUGCCAAAGAGCUUAGACUCACAGAAUUUCUCAACGAGUUGAGGCUCUGAUGAUAUGAUACCUCUUUAGUGACAUUAUCGAGUGCUCAGGCUUUUCUGCUAGCAGACUGUAUAUCCAGCUAAAAUAUCAAAAGAAUGUCAAGAGUGCUUCUACUUAAGGUGCAAUAGUGUUAUUCCCUUUAGUGCCCAACAUUGAACUCCAGUACUCAAAAAGUUGAGGCAACUCAUCCCCAUCUUGUGAAAAAAUAAAAUGUAACUUUUGCCCAAAUAUGAAAAGAGUGGAACAGCAAUUACGCACGCAUUAUGGCCAAUCUAUGGACCUGGGUGAACAUAGGAUUUCCUUAGUCUGCAAUUUAUAUUGGCUUGUGCUAUGUUUAACGCUGUUUUGAAACUGCUUUCGCUAAUGUUACGGUAUGAUGUAUGUACUAUGGUGAUUGUAAAAGGGGCUAUGAUCAAUUUUUCCCGUUAAACAUAGAACCCCAUUAUUUUGGAAGUUAUAUGGAAUGAUUUUUUCAUAGAAUUGAACUUGAGACUUGUUUAA